AUGUCAAAAGGGAAUAAACCAGGGACGCAUUUCACUAAGGAGGGUUGGAGGAAUCUUAUUGAAUCAUUCUAUGAAAAGACAGGUAUAAGGUAUAGUAAGAGACAAAUGAAGAAUCAUUGGGAUUUCACCAAGAAGCAGUGGAAAGUCUGGGUUAAGCUAAUUGCUGAAGUUAGUAUGAAAUGGGAUCCAAGUACCAAUGGAUUUGGUGCUAGUGCAGAAGAUUGGGCUAACUACAUACAGGUAAACCCAGAAGCUGCACAGUUUCAGUAUAAAGAACUCCCAUGCCCUGACAUACUGGAUAUCGUUUUUGCUGGAACUAUGGAUUCUGAAGAUAUGGAACCUUCUAAUUCUCGGAGGCAAAGUAAUAGCUCAGACACCUCCCUUCUGCACUCCGAAGAACAAGAGUUAGUGACUGUGGAGGGGGGAGAUGAGCAUCUUUCGAAUGCCAUUCCCUUAAGGAGUUAUGAAAUGGGUCAGUCUAAACACCGUAGAACAACUGCAAGUGAGCAGAGUAUAUCUAGCUCAUCCCAGCCAAAGACAAAGGCCAUUUGGAUGCCUGCAACCCAUGAAGUAUUUCUUGAUCUAUGUCUAGAAGAGGCAUUAAAGGGGAAUAAACCCGGGACACAUUUUACCAAGGACGGUUGGAGGACUAUUGUUGAAUCCUUUCAACAAAAAACUGGCCUUAUGUAUAAUAGGUUACAGUUGAAGAACCAUUGGGAUAUCACCAAGGAACAAUGGAAAGUCUGGUGUAAGCUAAUUGGCACAAGUAGUAUGGGUUGGAAUCCAAACAGCGGAAGAUUUUCAGCAAAUGAUGAAGAUUGGGCCAACUACUUAGAGACAGACCCAGAAGCUGCACCAUUCCGCUUUAAGGAACCUCAAUCCACCGACAAGUUGGAAACCAUAUUUGAUGGAACAACAGUUACAGGAGAGACAGAGCCCCCUGCUAGGCGUAGGAAGUAUAAUCAUGAUUUGAGUGCAUCUCUUUUGCAUAUAGAAGAAGCAGGCACAGUGAACCGAGAGAGGGACGUUGAGCAUCUUGAUGCUGUAACAGUUUUCUUUUAUGCCUGGCAAGCAAACUUAUAG